AUUUCUAACGCGGAAGCGCUUUGUGUAUAAAUAAGACUCCAGUGUCUUUUAAAAGAAAACGAAACCUUUACCCUUUAUAUACUUAUUUUACGUAUAGAGACGAGUUUGACGGGUUUUUAUAACCAGACAGAAAUGGUUCACGAAGAUUUGUUUGUACGUCUUAACGAAGUUGGAUAUAAAAACUGGUUAAAAGCAGGUUUUUGCCUCCUGAAAGUUAAAGAUGGAUUGUGCGGAUUUUUAGACAGCGAAAUGCGGAGUUUUCACAACGCAAUUGUUAAUAACAACAUUGUCUUACAAAGAGGACAGAUUUGCAGAAGCAACUGUAAACCGAGGGGAAAUCAGUUUGAAUCUGCUUGUCACAUCUGUACUGAAUGGAGAAUGGAAAUAUUGAAACACCACACUAAACCACAUUGUACUAUCAACUGGGGAAAUUGCAGACCCUGGCUGUGGCCGACUCAACACUGGGAACUGGCAAAGGCUUAUAUGGGACGUGGGCUGGAACAUUUAUCCAGAGCAGACCAAUGUGAUGCAGCUGCACUGCUUAACCUUCUCCACUUUUGUGACCAUUUCAGCUUUAUCAAUCCGACCGUCGUAACUCAGGUCAUCCGCUGUAGGAAUGAGUUAAUGCACUCGUGUGAGAUGCAGGUCUCAAAUGAGUGGAUGGCACACUUUCAGAAGAGCCUGGAGCAGUUGUUACUAACUUUAUGCCAUGUCCCUGAAGUGGCUGCAGCAGGUCAACAGAUCCAGGAGAUACAAAAAAAUGGAAUUUGCACCUAUUUUAGUCCAGAGUCCAGAAUCAGCAGUAUGUUUUCUGUUGAUCUGUCAUUGCACAUCCCAGGGGUAGACAGUGUGGAUGGAGCCACAGUGGAAGGAUUAUUGAUUGAAUCUAUCAGCCAGUGUGAAACGGAAUUGCUGAGGGAAUCUCUGAAAGACCUAUUAAACAACAGUGAACUCGAGAGAAAUGCCAUACCUCUGGAGAAUCUCCAGAGCAUCCGUAGAUUCCUGAGCAGCCACAAGGAUCUCAAAGAGGAGUUCAGUACAGAACUUCAGCGCAUUUGCCUGCUGGAGGCACAACAGCUGCAAGGAGCGAACACUGCUGCUGAUGAAGGCUGAUGCGGAAAGAUGACCGUGCUACAGAGACAGUAGAAGAAAAAAGGACAAAUAUUAUUAUUAUAUAGGGUCAGGGGUCAAUGGAAAAUUCUAUUUUGAUUCUUAUCAUAUAAAUUUCAAUCAGGUAAUUAAUUCAGGUUUUUCAUAAGCUGGGCAUUCUAUGCAUUUUGCAACGGUACACAUUACCACACAUGACAUAUUGGUUUAUGGUAUAAUGUACUUUUCAUAGGUUUUUAGUAGUAUGCAUCUGUGUGCAAGGUACAACCAAUAAAUUGUUAUGAAAUGCUCCUUC